CUCCAAAGAGCCCAUCACCUGCCACAGCUGACAAGAAAAACGCAAAGGCCAAGAGUUCUCGUGAGGAAGCUAGCUUCUUCGCAGAGGAAGACGAGGAGGAAGAACAGGACACAGAACAUUUGGCUGGUUUUAUCGAUAUGAGGGGAAAAUGCCAUCAAUCCGCAAGAAAGGAGAAAAGAAGAAGAAAAAGAAGAAAGUGUCCAACACAGACACACUGCAGGAGCAGAGAAAAAACAAGAAGCAGAUGGAGUUUGAGCUGAAACUCGCCAAGGAGAAAGAAGAGAUGUAUGAACGAGAGAAGCAACUAAAGAUCAAUCGGCUGGUUCAGGAGGUUUCAGAGACGGAGAGAGAAGACCUAGAGGAGUCAGAGAAAGUGCAACACUGGGUGGAGCGCCUUUGUCAGACUCGGUUGGAGCAGAUCUCCUGCGUGGAGAACGACACUCCAGAGCGCUCCCCGCCACGAUCUCCUGCCUCCGAGCCCAGGGUGAAGCAAUUCCCUGGCGGCUUUCAACUGGCCACCACUGACCUUGACGAUAUUAACCUGGAUGAGGUGGAUCAGAGCCUGAGGGGCCCUCUGAAGAGACUGGCCCCCACCCAGCCCAGCACUAGCCAGCCUCCCCCUCCCUUGCCUCUCCCUCCACCAUCACCUAAGCUGAACCCUACCAUACCCAACUACACCCCUCCUCCCCCUCGACCAUCCCCACAGCGGAAGCCUCCUUCUCCACCCAACACUAGAAAACCUCCCUCUGCCCCAUCUACAUUAAUCAACAAGGGGCGCAGGCCUCACCCGCAGCCUCACGCUCAUCCUCCCCAACCCACUCGCCCGCCAUCUUCCCACUAUCCUUCCCAACCCACUCAUCCGCCAUCCUCCCACUAUCCUCCCCAACCCACUCGUCCGCCAUCCUCCCACUAUCCUCCCCAACCCACUCGCCCGCCAUCCUCCCACUAUCCCCCUCCGCCUCAAUCGUCAUGGCCUCCAUCCUCCCCUCAGCCUGCUCCGCGGCCUCCUCCACCGCCACCCCCUCCUCCACCACCGCCACCACCUCCCCCUCCGCCUCCACCCCCUCAACACUCACAGGAUCGAGUAGGAACCCUCAGUGGGUACCGCCAGCAUCAUCACCAUCACCUUCAAAACCCUCCCAGUCCUCCAGAGCACAGGAGUGAGUGGGAGUCAGGUGGAUAUCUCCCAAGGGGAGGGCUUUACUCGUCUAACACCAGUGAAAUGUCGUACCCCUCGAGUCCAAAGGUAAUGAGAAAUACCUCCCAUGCCAGUCGAAUUUCGAAUUCAAGCUCUCCUUUGCAACUAGCUCCUAGUCCCCCCAACCAGAGGCGUCAGAUGGCCCCAGUCAUGUCUAAACCCGUCAUGCUACCCCAGUCCCAGACCCAGCGACCAGAACCACAAAGAUCUGCACGUUCUGAUGGCUUGCCUCCGGAAAUGCUGAAACGGAUGGUGCCUUUCAACUCGUCUUUUAAAUCAAACAACCAACGACAAGGCUUUCAGAAAUACGAGGAAGACUUUGAUCCCUACUCCAUGUUCUCUACAGACCAGAUAGAGGGGCUAGAUGUGAGACUGCUGAGAAUCAAAAAGACGGGACAGCUUGACGUUGCUCUGGAGGGAGGUGCAGACUCUCCAUUGGGGAAAUUGGUGGUGUCUUCUGUGUAUGAAGGUGGUGCUGCAGAUAAACACGGUGGCAUCGUACCCGGGGAUGAACUUAUGGCCGUGAAUGGGAAGAUCCUGCUCGAUGCCACUUUGACUGAGGGACAAAACUCUUUGGCUCGAGCCUGGAAUAGUGGAGGGGACUGGAUCGAUGUUGUGAUUGCCGUUUCCCCCCCGAAAGAAUAUGAAGACGAAGUGACGUUCUUCUAAUCCCAUCAACAGCCUGCCAAGAGAAUCAAACUGAUCCAGAAGAAGAAGCUUUUCAUUUUGAGUCAGCGUCUUCUUAAUUACAAUAAAAUCAUUUUUCAUCUUCACAUUUACCUGUAAAGGAACGAACACAAGAUCGUCAUUUAUUUUUACGUAUCACUACUAUAGCCUCUUUGAGAAUUGAACCUUGCGUCUCGCAUCAAUAUAUCGACACCAUCCAGUCAAUAUUUAGUUCUCUCCAGUAAUCUUUCUCGCCUUUCUUAAGCCUGGAUGUGGUUGACCUUAAUUAGAUUCGUGCUGGUCAUCUGGAUCUUUCCUUUUAGCCAUGUGACUCUUCUGUCAGUAAAACAAUAAAGGGCAGGUUAAGACAGGCGACCUAUAAUCAAUCACAGCUCUCUCUAAUGUGCCUUUUCAAAGCCCAAUAAAGGACUUCUCACAACUGA